AUGGCCGAAUCGACCUCCUCCUGGGUCUCUUCUACAGGGGCGCGACCAUCAUCGAAGGGGCCGCCGGUGCCUGCCCGCGAAGGUCCUCUGGACUAUGCGCCUGCGGUGAUUUGCCGGUGCGGGCUGAAGGCACCGAGGAGGGUUUCGUGGAGCGACGACAACCCGGGGCGCAGGUACUACCGAUGCAGCAGGGCACGGUCAUCUAUGGACUGCAAGUUCUUCUCGUGGUUUGAUGGUGAGCAUUCUGAAUUCAUGAAGACCUUGUUGAUAGAUCUUCGGAAUGCUGUGUGGAGGAUUAAGGCAGAGAGAGAUGAGGUUGAUGAGCUUCAGAGUGUUGAUGUGACUGUAAGCAGGGAGCUUGAAGAUCAAAAGAAGAUGAACCAAAGUCUGCAGGAAGAACGAGAAGGAAUGAAAAAGAAGUUGGCAGAGAAGGAUGAAUUGCUACAAGCAAUGGCUAUGAAGAUGUGUGCAGGGGAUAGGUCUAGAUCAGUCUGUUCCUUUGUGUGUGUAUUUGUGGUUGGUGUGAUGCUAGGUGUGAUGUUAGGUGUUGUGAUGGCUUGA